UUAUUCCUCAAAUCAAGCAAAGUCUUGUACUUUGGUACCGUUCUUCUUUAGUUCAGAUCAUUGAUGUCCCACUCCACUCUAUUGCUUAGCCGCCCAAUAUGCAGUACCGCAUACAUCAGCUUCUUCCUGGGCCGAUUACUAGUGAGAUGUGCUCAAGUGACAUUACGUUGGACUAGGUGAGUGUUACCAGCCAAACAGAGGCCGCGAUCUUCUCCAUGACGAGCGGCCCCGCACAUCAAGUUGCCGUAGUGUGUGCUCAAGUCCUUGCCGGAUGGGGAGUUGCUGGCACCGUACGCUGGAAGCCGAACAAGAUGGCUUGGCUGAAUACUGGCCGCACCCUGGCCUCACAUCCGGCCGUUGUUGAUAUAAUACUCCCCAUCCUGCUUGUGUUCCUCUUCCUUUUCUCUCUUUUUUUCUUUAGCAAGCACUCAAACACCAAAGCUAGUUUCUGGUUUCUUCUCUCUUCCCCCUUUUUUUUCUUCUUUCCCCUUUUACUGACUACAGAGCUGUGCUCUUGCGUCUUAAUUCCAAUUAACAAAAAUAAAAAACCAAUAUUCAAGUUGCCGGUCAACUAAUCCCCCUUAAUUCACAAUCACCAAAUUCCCCCCUAAUAGUAACAAGAAACUAGCUUUCCUUGCUCAAAAGUCCAUUGAAAAUUUUUAAGAAACGUCAAUUUUUUGCAAUAACAACAUUAAUCAAAAUGGCUACUAUCCAGCUUUCUUUCGCUCUUCGCGUUUCUUCCGGCGUUAAGUCCGUUCAUCUGCUUGGUUCUUGGGACAACUACAAUGGCCAAAUCCCCCUUUCCAAGGACAAGUCUUCCAGCAAAUCUGGUUCGUGGAAGGGCACUUUCCGAUUCCAGGGCAACCUCGAGGCUGGCCAGCGAUACUGGUACUACUACAUCAUCGAUGGAUACCACGUUGCGCACAACCCCAGUGAGGCCUCGACCGUCGAGCCCACUACUGGCCGAGAACUAAACAUCCUCGAUGUCCCCAAGGACAAGUCCAGCAAGUCUUCAUCCAAGUCACACAGCUCGAGCAAGAGCUCGUCAAAGCACUCCUCUUCCUCGUCGCGAGAGAAGCACCGGUCCUCCAAGCGCUCUUCUACCUCUGACAUCCCCAAGGGCCGCCCCCUCUCCGUCUCCCAGAUUGUCGCUCCCAAGCCAAGGUCGCCCCACGCAACCCGUCACAUCCUAGACGCCGACUACUGCGACCAGGAGAGCAUCGAGGAGCUGACCGCCCGCUUUGGCAGCACCGGCUUCGACGAGGAGGACAUCAUCACCGACUUUGCCAUCUCGCCCAUCUCUUCCACCGGCUCCAGCAACCUGUCUUACCGCUCCGACAGCUCCUCGCCCAGCUCAUCACUCUCCGGCUACAGCACGCCCGCCUCUGACUGCAGCAACUGCACCUGCGAGCGCUACGGCAUCACCCGCAAGGGCGACCGCGUCAAGAUCGACUGCGGUGGCGCACGAUGCGGCGGCUACAGCGACAGCGACUGCUCCAGCGGCGAGGAGGAGGAGGAGGAAUGCUACGUCCCGCACAACUCGCGCCGAAACGGCAUCGUCGUCCGCGCGUGAAGACCUGCAACCCCUAUCUUGGAGAGAUGUGUUCCACUAAGCAGCAACGCAUAAUGAACGAUAAUACCUACUUACAAACUAAUACACGCCAGAAAAGGCCGAAGAUAAUAAAUAAGAGAAAGCCGUCUUCCAACCAAGGCUAGUUCACUCAUUUUUACGGGCAUAGAGCAAAAACACACCCCCUUUUGUUUCUCUUCAAGCUCUGCCCCCCGUCUUCGUUGUUACAUUGCAUUCAUUGUCCAUGUGGCGGACUGUUGAUCGAACAAGCUGGUUCUUGUUUUCGAUCCUUUCCAAGCCCACGACAAAAACAACUCCCCGCGCACCCCAUCUUUCAAUUUGGGUCGAUGCUGCGGCCCCCACGACUGGGGAUAAUGUAUUCUCGUCUUUUAGCCCUUUGGCUUAACGAAAUACGUAUUACCCAUCGUGCGAUGGUUUCGAUAUGUUUUCCCCAUAAAACAUUACCGGAAGCCCCUCCCCACCCCUUCUCUCUCUCUCUCCUUUCCUAGGGCUCUAGCGAAACACAGUGAGAUCGUCUGUCCAAG